AUGAUAUCAUCAAUAUCGAUGCCACAAUUAUUGGUCGACGAUGAAAAUAUUGUCGAUGAAAAUGUAGAAAAAAAAUUUCGUUUCAUUGUCGAUAGCCAACAACAACAAUAUUAUGGAUCACCACAAUUACAGAGUAGUAUUGCCGUUGCAACGGCUAUGCCAACGGUUACUGUAAGAGGAUUUUUGAAUUUUCGAACGACCGUUGAUGGUACCGUAAUUGUAUUCACACCAUCACCAAAUUCUAAUACGCGAGAAUCAUCAUCGAUAACGACCACUCAACCACCAUUGAUUGAAUCAACACGUGUACCAGUUGCCGAAGUAAUUAAGCCGACAAAACCUACUGUUAUUCCUACUUAUCCGACCGGUUUGGUUACUGUGCUUGGUGGUACUGUUAUUAAUGAAGGUUCCACAACUGUUUAUGAAACAAAAGUUAUCGGUACAUAUAUUAGUGGUAAAUAUGCUCAGAUAUUAUCGAGUACCACAAAAAUAAAACCAAAUGAAGAUGUAUCAAGUCCAACUGUACGACCGACUAAUACUUAUAGCCACCAUUCAAUUGUUCGAUCAACUCGAAUGCCAUAUCAAAAUCACCAUCAUCAUCAGCAUCAUAACUAUCAUAAUCAUCAUGGACAACAACAACAACAACAACAACGACAUUCAGAUCCAUUACCAAGAGUUGAUGAUGAUCAUCGGAAUGAAGAAGAACAUACAACUAAUGCCAUUACCGGAAUGGCCAAAAAAAUGCAUCCACUUCGUGCCAAAUCGAUAAAAUUGGUCGAAAGUUCCAAGGCUAGACAUUUAAAUGCUCGUCUUCAAUUGAAUCCAUUGAAAUCACGAUGGGCCAAACUGAAAGACAAUGCUGAUGAUAAUGGUAAAAAUAAUAAUGGUGAUGGCAAAGAUAAUUUGGAGAAUCAUAGCAACAAUCCUAACAUUAAAAUACGACGAUUAAAGAUACUUGGAUCGAAACGAUUCACCUUGCCUCCCAGACAAUCACCAAGAGUUAAAAUGAAUCGUUUUAAAUCAAAAUUACCGGCCACUCAAGCUGAAGAAAUGCAGCAUUAUUAUAAUUCAAAAGAACAGGAACUUAAAGACGAAACAGCAGAAGCAAUAACUACAAAUAAUAAUGAUACUAAUAUCGAAUCUAUGAAACCAUCAAUCAAUGCUGAGACUAGAAAAAUUCUGGAAAAUUUGUCAUCAACUACGGAUGCUUCUACCGUUGAAGAGAAUCCAGAUGAAAAAUUAAUUAUCGAUCCGUCGAAAGUUGUCAAAGAAGUACAAACGAUUACUAGUGAAGUAACACAACACGUUGAAGGCAAUCAUCUUCAAGUGAAAACUUUGACAUUGACCACCACUAUUGAACGAACAUUACAUCCGACUGAAUCAGAAUUUGAUACCCAUCUUAUUCAGCCAACAUUAGAUAUUGUUGGCAAUAAUAUUGAAGCUACAUCCGUACCUGAAACACCUGCUUUGGUCAUUUCACGUACCUAUUCGGUAACUGAAAGAACAAUGCGUACAACCGUUGUUCCAGUAUUCGAUGGAACGACAACACAAAGUCAUACGGUUACCGAAAGUUUUUUCAUUCGCAAACUGAUUACCGCAUAUCGGACAUUGCCUCCCGGUGAUAUGAUAUUGAUUGAUAGUACAUCAACUUCGGCAUUCAAUCCGGAAAUGAAUACUGCAUUUAUCAAUGGUACCGAUGUAGAUGAUCUAUCAAUGGCCGAACAACAAACUAUUCAGCCAACUUCUGUCGACUCCAACAUUUUGCCUACAGAAAUGCCAAUGAUUUUAGAUGAAAACAUAUUGAAUGAUGAUAAUCAACAACAACAACUAUCUGGAUCAUCGAAUCAAAUUGAACCGAGUUUAGUAUUUGGUAAUGCUGGACAAAUGCCACAAAUGAUGGCAUUUCCACAGCAACCGAAUCAAUUGGCCCAACAAUUCGAUUUAAACAAUCCACUCUUGUUAGCAGCUGUUCUUCAAAAUCCACAAUUAGCCGCACUUUAUAUCGGUCUACAACAACAACAACAACAACAACAAAUGAAACAACCCACUCAAUAUAGUACGAUUACAAAACCAACUAAAGUGAUGCAAACGGAAACAUUGUAUAAUACGAAAUUGGUCAGCUAUUAUGAUGGUCGUCAAACACGAUCAAGAACGAUUCUGGAACCAACUGGAACAACUGAAAAACUUGUAAACACUUAUACAACUGAAGUGAUUCCGAUCAUAGCGAAUAAUAAUCAAUAUGGAAUGAUGCAACAAGCACAAUUACAAAAUAUGUUUGCCACACAAUUCGGUAUGAUGCCACAAUUUCAAGUGACACCAACUUUACAAAGUUCAACCAUUUUGAAAACGAUGACGACCGUCACUGAAACAACAAUGACCAAAUCAAAAGUCUAUACAUUAGUUUAUAAUGCAUUUAGUACACGAUAUCGUACGAUAACAAGUACGAGUGUAAUGCCAACAACUGUUACAACCGUAUUGACUGAAACCAUUCCACUUACGCAAAGUUCGAGCAUUAUUCCACAAAUGAAUUUCUUCGGUUAAAUCUAAUCGAUUGAAAUGAAAAUUUUUUUUUUAUUUAUUGAUAACGAAGAGGAAAAUUUUAAACAAA